AUGGGGGAACACUGUAAUUCUUGGAUUAGGAGGACAAACUUUUCACACACAGUUUGCCAUCGUUUGGAUUCAUUUAGACUAGGUCAUGUUCCUAUCAGCAUUCAGUCAGAGCAAAAAUCAAGGCCUGCCUCACAGGUUCAAAGGCACCCCAUAACAAACAAGCAGAGAUCUUUGUCACCAUUACCUGAGACUUUUCUUUCUGAGGCCUUCAGGGAAGCUAGACAUGAUCAGAAGAGGUUCUCCACACCUAAUCCCCAGAGAGAUAUGAGGAUUGGGGGGAAGGUGCUGAACAAGAAUUCUCUGGAGACUAGGGAAUCGAGUUCAAAGUUGCCUUCCCUUUGUCCAAAUAGGCAGAUGAAGUCAAAGAGCAGCAAGGAUACAGCAUGGACUAAGUUUUUGGAUAUUGUUGGAAGCAAUAUUACUGCUGUGGAAACAGCUGAAGAGUGGAAUAUUGACAUGUCUCAGCUGUUUUUUGGCGUAAAGUUUGCUCAUGGGGCUUAUAGCCGACUUUACCAUGGUUUAUAUAAUGAUGAGUCUGUUGCUAUUAAAAUCAUUAUGCCACCUGAAGAUGAUGAAAGUGGAGAUUUGGCUUCUCGGUUAGAGAAACAGUUCGUUAGGGAAGUUACUCUUUUAUCUCGUCUUCACCAUCAAAAUGUUAUAAAGUUCUCAGCAGCAUGCAGAAGGCCACCUGUUUAUUGUAUUAUCACAGAAUAUCUAUUGAAAGGUUCCUUGAGGGCAUAUUUGCAUAAGUUGCAGCACCAAACUAUUUCUCUACAAGAGUUAUUAACUUUUGCCCUGGACAUUGCUCGCGGAAUGGAAUAUAUACAUUCUCAAGGUGUCAUUCAUCGAGACCUUAAACCAGAGAAUGUCCUUAUCAGCACAACCGGUCGCCUUAAAAUUGCUGAUUUUGGCAUUGCAUGCGAGGAAGCAUCUUGUGACAUAUUGGCUGAUGACCCCGGCACCUACCGUUGGAUGGCACCCGAGGUGAUCAAACGGAAAUCCUAUGGGAGAAAGGUUGAUGUCUACAGUUUUGGGCUUAUGUUGUGGGAGAUGUUGACUGGAACAAUACCAUAUGAGGAUAUGAAUCCAAUACAGGCUGCUUUUGCCGUUGUAAACAAGAAUUCAAGACCAGUUAUUCCAUCAGACUGUCCACCUGCUAUGCGAGCUUUAAUUGAACAAUGUUGGAGCUUGCAACCAGAUAAGAGGCCUGAGUUCUGGCAGAUUGUGAAGAUAUUAGAGCAAUUUCAAUCUUCACUUGCCCGUGAUGGAACCCUUACUCUGGUGCCAAACCCUUAUUGGGAUAAUAAAAAAGGGCUUCUUCAUUGGAUUCAAAAGCUUGGUCCUGUGCAUCAAAAUAGUGGCCCUGUGCCUAAACCCAAGUUCACAUGA